GCCAGUAACACUUCACAUGAUGCUAGCUAGUUCGCUGUGGGGAUCGCCUACAUUUCUUUCUAUUUCAGGCAGUUCCCUGUGCACCGCAUAUUGUCAUUCUCUGCCAAUGGGCUGACACCUUGUUGCUGAGAUGUUGCUGAAAGACAUUCCCCAGGAGGUGCUGAUGCGCCCGCUUUCCCGAAAUGAAGUAGUGGGCAUGAUAGUGAGACUGACCAUCUUUGGAGCUGCCACCUACUACGGCAUCAAAUGGGUGGUGGAGGCGAUGGACCCUACACAUAAACAGAAGAUCCAGUCCAAGAAAAGGGCAGAGCAGCUGAUGAAGCAGAUUGGAGUGGAGGGUGUCAAACUCACUGAAUAUGAGAUGAACAUUGCUUCUCACCUGGUAGAUCCACGCAGCAUGAGGGUGUCCUGGAGGGAUAUUGCAGGGCUUGAUGAGGUCAUUUAUGAGCUGCAGGACACCGUCAUCCUUCCCUUCCAGAAGAGACACCUGCUGGCUGGAUCCAAACUCUUUCAGCCUCCUAAAGGGGUGUUGUUGUAUGGGCCUCCCGGGUGUGGGAAGACUCUUAUCGCCAAGGCAACCGCCAAAGCCUCAGGAUGCCAGUUCAUCAACCUGCAGCCCUCCACUCUGACGGACAAGUGGUACGGCGAAUCACAGAAGCUCACCGCUGCUGUCUUCUCUUUGGCUGUCAAGAUCCAGCCAUGUAUCAUCUUCAUAGAUGAAAUUGACUCCUUCCUGAGGAAUCGCUCUAGUCUGGACCAUGAGGCCACAGCCAUGAUGAAGGCCCAGUUUAUGAGCCUGUGGGAUGGGCUGGAGACUGGGGCAAGCAGCCAGGUGAUGGUGAUGGGGGCCACCAAUAGACCACAGGAUCUGGACCCAGCCAUACUGCGCAGGAUGCCCACCACCUUUCACGUGGGCCUACCGACCACAAGACAGAGGGCAGAGAUCCUGAAGUUGAUCCUGGCAGGAGAAAAUCUAAGCAAUGCCAUUAAUCUGAAGGAGAUAGCAGAAAAGUCGGAGGGUUCGUCAGGCAGUGACCUCAGGGAGCUGUGUCGUGAUGCUGCCAUGUACCGUGUUAGAGACUAUGUCCGCAAGCAGCAGAUGAAGCAGAUAGCCCAGCAAAUGCAUGAGGAGGACGAGGAAGACAAAGCAGGGGUGGAGGAGCGUCUGCGGCCCAUCACCCAGCUGGACCUGCUGUUCGGCCUGGACAAGAUGAAGGAGUCCAAAAAGGCCACCAUGCCCCAGGAACUCAUACCCCGAGAGGUGCCUCUGGACUAAACCUUUCUUUCAGAUACCCUUUACAUACGCGUUGUUACUGACCAGUGGCCUACCCUACUGUUUAUCCCCCCACACAUACACAUCUCCCAGUCCUAGCACAGUGGUCCAGAGCAGUCCGAGAGAGAUGUCCCUGGACCACAAUCUCUCUGUAUCCCUUCUCUUAUCCCACACCAAUACCCUUCAGUAUCCAGUUCAUUCCUAUUGUCUGUCCAUGUUACAGAUUAAUUCCAACCCCCCACACACAGUGUCCCAGAACAUUCCCAUUGCCCUGAGUCAUCAUAAAAUACUAGAGCCUUAGAAACAGCCUUUGUAUAUUAAGCUGGGCAGCAGGGCUGUCCACUGUAACGCUCCUGCACAGAUGGCACUGGGUGAGAGGGACCGGACAGAGUCUGUCUUUAAAAACUCUGUCAUCAAUGUUGUUGUUAUUAUUAUUAAUAUGUGUCACACAAAUCUUAUAAUGAGAAAAUGUGAAUCUAUAUUGGUUUUUAAUCAUGCUACUUCUCUGGAAAAUUACUGAAUAAGGAAUAUUACUGUAUUUGCACUGUCAAUGUUAUUUUGGGCAAGCACUAAACCGUGUCGCAAGUGUCUAGUUGUCUGCAUGUCUAAGCAAUAUAAUGAAAAACAUUAGCUACACAAUAGUACUCGUGUUACAGUUAACGAAGACCAAGAUUUUGGAUGAAAAACCAGACAAUUGGGAAAAGUCCCUGGGAGUUGAAUCAGUUGGUAAAUCUGAUAUUCUGAAUCUACUUUUAUUGAAUGUUCAUCACUGUAUUUAAUACUGUACUUCUCUAAAUAUUGGAUUGAAACUA